GCGAGGUGUUUGUGCAAUAUCGGCUACUUCGCUCCCACACCUCACGACGAAGCGUCUCUUGCAAUCUACCUAAAGACGUUGCGACGUACUGGUCUCUACAACGUUAUUUUAAAUAUUACUCGAUUACAAGAAUUAGAACAUAAAGUAAAAUGUAUAACGCAUUUGUAGUUUGUUUAUUCCUAGUGUUAGGUAAUUGUUAUGCGGCUAUUGAUAUUGCACAAUAUGUGCCAGUUUGCGAUAGAAAUUCUCCUGAUGUCAACGAUUGUCUAGUAGAAGCCGUCAAAAAGGGUCUUGCAGCUAUGAAGAGUGGAAUUAAAGAUUUAGGUGUGCCAGCUAUCGAUCCCUAUCAUCAAAAAGAACUGAAAAUGGAAUACACUAAUAACCAGAUCUCGGGUAAGGUUUUAGUGACUGACACGUACGUAGCAGGAGUUACAGAAUCCACGGUAAAAGAUGUAAGACUCCGCGCCGAAGAUGACAGUUUUCAUAUGGAAAUCGAUAUGUUCAGCCCUCAAAUAUUUUGCAAAGGCCGUUUUAGUGGUGGCGGAAGUUACAACGUUUUACGUGUCAACGCUUCCGGCGACUUCAACACAACGAUGAGUGACUUGACAUACACGUGGAAAUUGGACGGCACGCCUGAACAAAUCGACGGUGAAACUUAUGUUAGAAUUACAUCUUUCUACAUGCGACCCGAUGUUGGCAAUAUGGUCACGCAUAUGACUAACGAAAAUCCCGAUAGCAAGGAAUUGACUGACCUGGCCAUACGUGUUACAAAUGAGAAUUGGAGACUUCUUUACCGCGAACUGUUGCCGUUCGCUCAAGCCAACUGGAAUAAAAUCGGAAUCCGUAUCGCCAACAAGAUCUUCCUGAAAGUACCGUACAACCAGUUAUUUCCCGUGAAAUCUUAAAUUGUGAAAUUAGUACUUAAUUAUAGUGAUAUUUCUGAAAGGUUACCUAUUGUGAUAAUAUUUUAAAGGUUUAGGGUAUAAUAUUAUAAUUUUAUUGAAUGUAGUUUAAGAAAAAAUCGAGUACUCUGUAGUCUUACUAUUAUGCAUAAAAGAAAUGUAUGUAAAUUAAGAAAAAAACAACUUCAAUAUAAAAAUAUGUGAUAGUAAGAUAAACCAAGGCCUUAGAAAUUGUAAGUGGUAAUUUACUAUAAAAUGUUGCUACUAAAUGUUUCAAUAUUAAAUAUGGUAUACAAAUUACCUACAGCUUAUUUAACUUUUUGUAAUUACCUCAAUUUUAGCGGAUAAGUGUUAUAAAUCAAUUAUAUUAAAAUACAGACUUAUAGACGAAA